UGCUCGAUGCCGGUGUCCUCUUAGUGCCUUUUUGCGGGUUCACGAGUCUCCCUGCCCAUGCUUCGGGCCGUGCUCCGGACGCUUGGGCACUCAGCCCUGCGAGGGCCUCGUCAGCAGGUCUUUGCCCUGGGUAGCCGCGGCUGGUGUAACGGUGGCGGCGGCGGCGAUGGCGGUGGCGAAGGGCGCUGCGGGCCCCCGCGUGCCGGGGACGGCCGCGCCUGCUUCACGACCCCAAUCUUUUACGUGAACGCGGCGCCGCACAUAGGACACCUGUACUCGGCGCUGCUGGCCGAUGCACUGGCCCGCUAUCGCCGCCUCGGGACCGAGCUGCCGCAGGGCCCGGAUCCCGCUGCCUCUCUCGUCCGCUUCUCCACAGGCACUGACGAGCACGGGCUGAAGAUCCAGCAGGCGGCUGCCGCCGCGGGCUUGACCCCGUCGGAGCUCUGCGAUCGGGUGUCCGCCCAGUUCCGGGCGCUCUUCCAGGAGGCCGGCAUCUCUGUCACUGACUUCCUCCGCACCACGGAGGCCCGGCAUCGGCGUGCAGUGUACCACUUCUGGGAGGUUCUGCGCGCUCGCGGGCUGCUUUACAAGGGGCUCUACGAGGGUUGGUACUGCGCCUCCGACGAGUGCUUCCUGCCAGAGGGCAAAGUCGCCUGGCGGCCCGGCCCCGACGGGGAAAGCCGUCCCGUGGCCUUGGAGAGCGGGCAUCCAGUCUGUUGGACGAAAGAGGAAAACUACAUCUUCAGGCUUUCCCAGUUUAGGGAUCCUCUCAGGCAGUGGCUCCAGGACGACCCUCAGGCCAUCACCCCCGAUCCUUUCCGCCAUACUGUCCUCCAGUGGCUGGAGGAGGACCUGCCAGACCUCUCGGUGUCUCGGGGCAAUAGCCAUUUGUACUGGGGCCUCCCUGUCCCUGGCGACCCAACGCAGACCAUCUACGUGUGGGUCGAUGCCCUGGUCAAUUACCUCACUGUCAUAGGUUACCCAGACUCGGAACACAAAGUCUGGUGGCCUACCACCCAUCACAUCAUAGGCAAAGACAUCCUCAAGUUUCAUGCCAUCUAUUGGCCUGCUUUGCUCUUGGGGGCCGGGAUGACCCCCCCUCAUCGUAUAUAUGUACACUCCCACUGGACAGUACAUGGCCAGAAGAUGUCCAAGAGCUUGGGCAAUGUGGUUGAUCCCUUGACUUGUCUGGAUAGGUUUACUGUGGAUGGCUUUCGUUACUUCCUCUUAAGGCAAGGGGUCCCUAACUGGGAUUGUGACUACUAUGAACAGAAAGUAGUUAAGUUACUUGAUGCUGAGCUGGCAGAUGCACUGGGGGGGCUCCUGAAUCGAUGUACUGCCAGUAGCCUGAAUCCUACUGGCAUCUUCCCAGUUUUCAGCACCUCCUGUUUCCCUUCUAUGGAGGGUGUAACUGUAGCUCCCACAAAGGCCCAACCAGAGGACUAUGCUUUGGUGAGGUCAGUGUCAGCUUUGCCCCUUCAGGUGAAGAGCUACUAUGAGAAUUUUCAAAUCUACAAGGCUUUGGAAGCAGUGUCCACUUGUGUCCGGCAAACUAAUGGCUUUGUCCAGCGGAAUGCACCUUGGAAACUUAACAGGGAGAACUUGGCUGAUGCUCAGUGGAUGGACACAGUACUGCAUGUAACACUUGAGUGCCUUCGAGUCUUUGGGACAUUGCUUCAGCCAGUUACCCCAGCACUAGCUGACCGGCUUCUUUCCAGGCUAGGUAUCUCUGAAACUGAGAGGGGCCUUCAGGACAUAGGCUUCCUUGCUCGAUACUAUGGGCAGCCUUGUCCCUUUGAAGGGAGAAGACUGGGACCUGACACUGGACUCUUGUUUCCAAGACUGGACAAAUCUAGGGCCCGGCUGGCAAAAGUUCAUAGCACUUAGAUGCUAAUUUUAAAAGUUGUGUUUUGAAAGUCAGGAAAAAAUCUUUAGGUGGAUAGUUUGUCAAAUGACUCCUCCAAGAGGGUGGGGGAUGGGAUGUGUGAUGUGAACCCUAGUACCUGGGAGAAGGGGUUUAUGUGAGUUCAGGUGCAUAGCUCCUAUAUUCUUUAAUCCCUUGAACCUAUUAACCACUUAAUAUUGGCAACUUGAGUAUAGGCUGGGGAGGAGGGGGAAGAUAAAAGAGCUGCUGAUACUUUUCACUCCUAAUUCUGCUACCUGAGCCACCACCAACUUUUCUGGACAAAUAAAUUGAAAUUAUCAGGUAAUUAUUUUCUCAGGCUACCUCACUCAUUUUCCAUUUCCUUGGACUUCUGUCCCUAUCAGACAAAAUAGCAGAAAGGCUUCCAAGCUAGACAUUCAGGAUUCAGACAACCUUAGUUGGUCUUCCAAACAAAAGUGAGUUAAUUGUUUUUUUUCUUUUUGGCUUCACUCUGCUUUUCCAUCUUUUGGCUUCUCUAGUAGUCUCAAAAUGACUUAACCUUCUUAGAUUCCUUACUCUCAUCUUUUCUCAUUCCCUAAUAUUCUUUACCCAUCAUCUUUUCUUCCCCAGUUCGUUUUCAGAGUAAUUUAUAAGGCAUGGUUUACAUUUUAAACUGUGCUAACAAUUUUUUGGUGAUAAGACCCAAAAUAAAGGUUUAUUGUUUAUAUUUGUGUAAUAUGGUCCCUUGAAUAAAUUUACUUUCAAAUGGUUGGUUUGUAGAUUUGCCUUGCCCACAAAGUGCAUCAAUAAGUAAGCCGGUUGGAGAGAAUAGUGAAGGAA